AAAAUACUCGUAAGUUAACAUUUCAUAAUAAAAAUGUAUUGUGUGAGGGGAAGAUAGAGUUGUAUUCCCUGCCUUUUCUUUGCCUCGUAGGCACCAAGGAUAGGAGGCUGCAAGGAAAAAGUACUCUGACAACCCCAGCUUUUACACUGAGAGCACGUCAGGGUUGGAGCAGCAGCAUCACCUUCAAAAGGAGAAGGUCACCUUGUCACUCACUUCACUUCAAGAGCAUUGCUACUUCAGGAAGAGCAUGCCUGCAUCAUGACUGUCACUAAUAAUUCAUUUCUGUCACAAAAGCAGAUCAUGCGCUUGCCGUGUUCAGCUUUACCACGCUCAACGUUCCUCACAUCUGUUGUGGUAUGAUUAAAAACAUGGUACUCCAGGCAUCGCUGAAGAACUGCUUUCAGUUGUCUUGCGUUCUCAGGACUCCAAAAGCUGGCUUCAAAGGCACAAGUAACGGAGGGCUCAUUCUCCAGUCUGUUUCUAAUGAUGUUUACCAAAACCUAGCUGUGGAAGACUGGAUCCAUGACCACAUGGACUUAGAGAACCAGCAGGUCCUUUUCCUUUGGAGAAAUUCUCCUGCUGUGGUAAUUGGGAGACAUCAGAACCCCUCACUUAAGCUAAUGAGGAAAAAAAGUAUAAAACUAGCCAGGAGGAGAAGUGGAGGAGGGACAGUUUACCAUGAUUUAGGGAAUAUCAAUUUGACUUUCUUUACAACCAGGAAAAAAUAUGAACGAAUGGAAAAUCUGAAACUAGUUGUGAAGGCACUGAAAGCCCUGCGCCCCCAGUUAGAUGUCCAUGUCACAGACAGAUAUGACAUCUUGCUAGACAGGCAUUACAAAAUCUCAGGUACCGCUGCAAAGCUGGGAAGGACCACUGCUUAUCACCACUGUACCUUACUCUGUAAUGCAGAUAAGUUUGUUUUGUCUUCUGUGCUAAAAAGUCCUUAUAAAGGUCUAAAAAGCAAUGCCACUCCUAGUGUGCCUUCCUCAGUGAAAAAUCUCUUUGAAGAGGAUCCUACUUUAACUUGUGAGAUGCUCCUAGAGGCCAUUGCUGCAGAAUAUGCUAUGCGACACCGAAUAGAUAAUCACAUCACCUUAAUACACCCAGCUGAUGAGACUGUGCUUCCUGGAAUUAAUAAGAAAACUAAAGAACUACAAAGCUGGGAAUGGGUGUAUGGAAAGACACCAAAGUUCAGUAUUAGCACGGAUUUUAAGCUGGUCUGUAAAGAUUCUGUUCUUGAUGUUAAAGUAGAUAUGGAUGUAAAGCAUGGAAGAAUUGAAGUCUGUAACAUUGAUGUGCCAGAGCAGUGGCUGCCGCCACCGUUGUGCAAUGAACUAGGGAAGAACCUCACUGGCAGGAAGUUUUGCCCAAAGGAAAUCGCUACACUAGCGAGCACAUUACUAAGAACAUAUCCACAAGAUGACGAGUUGCAUAACAAGUGGAAUCUUCUAUGUGAGAAUAUGAGGCUGUUAAUGUGACUUUUACUUUGAAAGUGUAAGUCACAUCUCUCUCUGCUGGUUUUUCAGUUAAUUUAUUUAAAAUGAAAUUAAAACAUUAAUUUGUAGAAUCUGAACUUCUUUUCUCCUGUUUAUCAAUCAUUAAGGUUGUUUAAUCUAGUGCUUUUGUAUAGUUACCUACUAGUCAGGGUAAACAAUUAGAUUUCAUGCUGCCUGCACCCAAGGUUCCUAAACUGUAGGAUGUAAACCAUUGUUACAGGCUGCAGCCCAACAUCACUCCAUCCUGACAGACACACCAUUGCUUAAGCCAG